AUGAGGGAUGCCAACGUUUUUGCAUUCCGCAAGGCCAUGCCUCGAAUGAGCUGGUCUCCGCGUAACCUCUACAACCUCUGGAGGCGGUCCUUUGCAGCCGAAGCCGAGGCCAUCAAUUUCACCCGCUCGCCCAGGUCGCUGUUUCAACAGCGUUGGAUAUCGAAAGCACUCGUGCGUGCGUACCACGGCGACUUCAUCAACGAGAAAAUAUUCAAGCGGUGGUACCUCCCCGACACACUUCCCGACGUGCGGCCUCGUCAGCGCGCGUUUUCUAGUAAUGGCGAUCUCGACGCGUUUGCCGGGCGUACCGAACAACUGGAUAGAGCAAAGAAGAGAGCCUAUGAAGAGCAAAAGAAAGGCUUGGCUCCUGUGGGCAGUUUAAUGCUUGCCGAGGUAGAGCGACGCAUCGAUGUGUUCAUCUUUCGGUGUUGCUUUGCGCAUAGUGUCUACGAGGCACGAAGACUCGUCAUUCACGGAUCUGUCCUGCUAAAUGGCAAGAAGCAUACGGAUGCCAAUACACGUCUAGCCCCAGGUGACAUGAUCUCCGUUGACCCUGCAGCCAUUCGUUUUCUCCAAGAACCUGGGUCUUCCAAGGCGGAAACUGAGGGUGAACAACCUUCAGACUCAGAACCUAAAACCGAGUCCUCGGAUCUCUCCCAGUCCAAUCCUUCCGCAAAACCUGCAUCUACAAAAUCCUCGUUGACGCCUUUCAACCUCCCUCCAUAUGCAUCUCCUUUCAUUUUUAUCCCUGCCUAUGCAGAGGUCUCCUUCCCCACCUGCAGUGCCAUAUAUGUGCGCCACCCAACAGCACGCCCAGGAUACAGUGAAAUUCCAACACCUUACGACGCCGAUGGUGAAGUCAUUCGUCUGGCAUGGGAAUGGUACUCAAAGAUGCGUCCAAGGACGAGGAGUAAGAGUCAGAUGGCAAGGGAACCAGAGAACCGUAGAGUUGGUGGUCACUAG